AUGGUGCUUCAAGAUCUCGGGCGCCGAAUCAACACGGCCGUCUCGAACCUAACCAGGGAACAGAACCUCGAUGAAAAGGCACGUUUACAAGACGACACCCGCACCAGCGUCCGCACCAGCGCUUUUGAUGCUAUGAUCAAGGAGAUUUGCGCCGCCCUCCUCGAAUCCGAUGUCAACGUCAAGCUAGUGGGCCAGCUUCGCAAGUCCAUCAAGUCGGCAGUCAACUUCAAGGACCUGCCACCAGCUGUCAACAAGAAGCGACUUAUCCAAAAAGCCGUGUUCGAUGAGCUGGUCAAGCUCGUGGAUCCGCACGCGGAGCCGUUCAAGCCCAAGAAGGGAAAGACCAACAUCAUCAUGUUUGUCGGUCUCCAGGGAGCCGGAAAGACAACGACGUGUACUAAGCUGGCGAAACACUACCAGUCGCGCGGGUUCAAGUCGUGCCUAGUGUGCGCCGACACCUUCCGAGCUGGAGCCUUCGACCAGUUGAAGCAGAACGCUACCAAAGCCAAGAUUCCGUACUACGGCUCGCUGACCGAGACGGACCCGGCAGCCGUGGCGCGGGCGGGCGUGGAGCAGUUCAGGAAGGAGAAGUUUGACGUCAUAAUUGUCGAUACGUCUGGUCGCCACAGGCAGGAGUCGGCGCUGUUCCAGGAAAUGGUGGACAUCCAAGAGGCCGUCAAGCCCAACGAGACUAUCAUGGUGCUGGAUGCGUCCAUCGGUCAACAGGCCGAGUCGCAGGCCAAGGCGUUCAAGGAGGCGGCCGACUUUGGAGCUAUCAUCAUCACCAAGACUGACGGCCAUGCCCACGGCGGUGGUGCCAUCUCGGCCGUCGCUGCCACCCACACGCCCAUUGUCUUUAUCGGAACGGGCGAGCACCUGAUGGACCUGGAGCGUUUCGCACCACAGCAGUUUGUCCAGAAGCUCCUGGGCAUGGGCGACAUGGCCGGUCUGGUGGAGCAUGUGCAGAGUCUCAACCUCAACAACAAGGACGCCAUGAAGCAUAUCCAGGAGGGUAUUUUUACGGUGCGCGACCUGCGCGACCAGCUGUCCAACAUUAUGAAAAUGGGUCCCCUGUCCAAGAUGGCGGGCAUGAUCCCCGGAAUGGGCAACAUGAUGCAGGGUAUGGACGACGAGGAGGGAAGCAACAAGCUCAAACGCAUGAUUUACAUCUGUGACUCCAUGACGGAUAAGGAGCUCGACUCGGACGGCAAGAUCUUGGUCGAUCAGCCGGAACGCAUGACGCGCAUCGCCCACGGCUCAGGAACUUCGGUCCGCGAGGUCGAGGACCUUCUCACCCAGCAGCGCAUGAUGGCUGGCAUGGCCAAGAAGAUGGGAGGCAACAUGAAGAAUCUUCAAAAGGCCCAGCAGGCCAUGGGUGGUGGUAACAAGGCCCAGCAGCUCGCUGCUAUGCAGAAGAGGCUGCAGAGCAUGGGAGGUGCCGGGGGUGGUGCCGGCGGUAUGCCCGACAUGGGCAGCCUGAUGAAGAUGCUUGGAGGUGGAGGUGGUGCCGGCGGUGGCAUGCCCGACAUGCAGGCCAUGAUGCAGCAGAUGGGCAUGGGGGGCAUGGGAGGCAUGCCUGGUAUGGGAGGUAUGCCGCCUGGAAGUGGCAGGGGUAGGAGGUAA